AUGACAACCUUGGACGAUAAACUGCUGGGCGAGAAGCUGCAGUACUACUACAGUAGCAGCGAGGAUGAGGAUAGCGAGAAGGAGGAUCGAGACAAGGAGCAGCACUCCCUCUCUAGCGCCGUGCCAGCGGAAGUGGAGCUGAGCAGCGAUGGCAGUGCCGUGAACACAGGUCCUAAAGGCGUCAUCAAUGACUGGAGACGGUUCAAGCAGCUGGAGACAGAGCAGCGUGAGGAGGAGUGCCGGGAAAUGGAGCGACUCAUCAAGAAGCUCUCCAUGACCUGCAGGUCACACCUGGAUGAGGAGGAAGGCAAAAAAAAGCAAAUGGACCUCCAGGAAAAGCUGAAUGGAAAGCUUACUCUGCAGGAGUACAACAUGCUGCACGAGAGCGCCGACGACGAGGAGUUCCUGCAGCAGUACCGCAAGCAGCGGAUGGAAGAGAUGCGGCAGCAGCUGCAGAGCGGGCAGCAGUUCAAGCAGGUGUUUGAGAUCCACAGCGGGGAGGCCUUCCUGGACACUAUCGACACGGGGCACAAGAACACACUGGUGAUGAUCCACAUCUACGAGGACGACGUCCCCGGGGCCGAAGCCCUCAACGGCUGCAUGAUCUGCCUCGCGGCCGAGUACCCUGUGGUCAAGUUCUGCCGGGUGAGAAGCUCCCUGAUCGGCGCCAGCGCUCACUUCACCAACAACGCAUUGCCGACCCUUCUGGUCUACAAGGGCGGGGAACUCAUCGGCAAUUUUGUGCGUAUCACCGACCAGCUGGGCGAAGACUUCUUUGCAGUGGACUUGGAGGCGUUCCUGCAAGAGUGCGGCCUGCUUCCUGAAAAGGACUUGGUGCUCCUCACGUCCAUCUGCCAGGCCUCCUCGUGCUACAGUGAGGACAGCGACCUGGAAAUAGAUUGAAGCCAGGCAGGGGUAGGAGGGAACCCAGAUCAGGAGAUGCGAACACCCAAGCG